AUGCCGAAUAUUGCGGUGACGUUCGUGGAAAAUGAAAACGAUGUGCCGUCCUGUUUGAGUGGUCGAACGACCAAGUCCGGAAUCCAGCAGAACCAAGUCGACGUGGACGUGCCACCAGUCGCUUGUGUGGAGAUAACUGGGAAAAAGAUCGGCCACAAGGACUGCAUAGUUUACGCACGUGUAAUCGGGUGCCCUUGGAAUGAGAAUACUUGCAGGAAUGCCGCAUUGAACGGUGACUUAGACUGCAUGAUAUACGCACGGUUAAACGGGUGCCCGUGGGACGAGAAAACGUGCAGCUUUGCCGCAUUUUCCGGUCACAUUGACUGCCUGAUAUACGCACGGGAAAACGGGUGUCCGUGGGACGCGGAUACGUGCAACUUUUCCGCGAAGAACGGCCACAAGGACUGCCUAGUUUACGCACGGGAAAACGGGUGCCCUUGGAAUGAGAAAACUUGCAGUUAUGCCGCAUUGAACGGUCACAUGGACUGCCUGAUAUUUGCACGGGAAAAAGGGUGCCCGUGGAACGAGAAUACGUGCAGCUUUGCCGCACAUUCCGGUCACAUUGACUGUUUGAUAUACGCACGGGAAAACGGGUGUCCGUGGGACGCGAAUACGUGCACCUUUGCAGCGAAGAACGGACACAGGACUGCUAGUUUACGCACGGGAAUACGGGUGCCCUUGGAACGACUGGACAUGCUUAAGUGCCGCAACAAACGGUCACAUGGACUGCUGGUAUACGCCCGGGAAAACGGGUGCCCGUGGAAUGAGAAAACUUGCAGCUAUGCCGCUUUGAAUGGUCACAUGGACUGCCUGAUGUACUCACGGGAAAACGGGUGCCCGUGGGACGCGGAUACGUGCAACUUUGCCGCGAAGAACGGCCACAAGGACUGCCUAGUUUACGCACGGGAAAACGGGUGCCCUUGGAAUGAGAAAACUUGCAGGAAUGCCGCAUUGAACGGUCACAUAGACUGCCUGAUAUACGCACGGUUAAACGGGUGCCCGUGGGACGAGAAAACGUGCAGCUUUGCCGCAUUUUCCGGUCACAUUGACUGCCUGAUAUACGCACGGAAAAACGGGUGUCCGUGGGACGCGGAUACGUGCAACUUUUCCGCGAAGAACGGCCACAAGGACUGCCUAGUUUACGCACGGGAAAACGGGUGCCCUUGGAAUGAGAAAACUUGCAGCUAUGCCGCAUUGAACGGUCACGUGGACUGCCUGAUAUACGCACGGGAAAAAGGGUGCCCGUGGGACGAGAAUACGUGCAGCUUUGCCGCACAUUCCGGUCACAUUGACUGCCUGAUAUACGCACGGGAAAACGGGUGUCCGUGGGAUAAGCUAACAUGGUUCUAUACCGCAUCGAACUAUUAUGCCGCAUCGAUGUUUGGCUUGGACGGCCACAAGAAAUGCUUUGUUUACGCACGGGAAAACGGGUGCCCUGGGAAAAGGUGUCCAAAGCAGCCACCUUAA